AUGGCGGCCGAGCCGAGACGGGGCUCUUUCGCCGAGCUGGUCGCACAGGCCACCCGCGCCGGGCAGGCCGAACACCUGCCGCUCCUGGCUCGCGCCGGGGUGCGCAAUCUCCAAGGCCUGGUGGGCUGCCAUGACGGCCUGGUGGCGGCGGGCCUGCCGCCGGAGGCUCUCGAAGCCAUGCUGGCUCGCCGGGGGGCGGUGUCGACUCUGGCCUUGGUCGCGGCCGGCCCCGACAGGCCCGACCUACCGGCCAGGCGGGCGGAGGCGCGGGCGUCCCUGGCCGCCGCGGUUGAGGCGGUUCGCCCGGCCAACGUCAAGAGGGCUAUCGCCGAGCUUCGGGGCGACAUGCUGGCCAAGACGACUCGGGGGCCAUACGAGUCACGCCUCAAGACCUGGAACAGGCUCGCCUAUGAGGGCGAGGUGGCGCACUGGCCGAUCUCGGCGCACGUCCUCGAGGUCAUCGGGGCGGGCUUCAAGAAGGGCGCCUACCGCAGCGCCAAGGAGUACUUCCUCGCCGCCUUCAGGCACCAGGAGGACGAGCUUCGCAUCGCCGUCGACCCGCUCCUGCGGCGCCUGGCUAAUCGGAUCAUCCGGUCCGUGGAGGCCUUCCCCGUACUCGCCCUGGUGCCGCUUGUCGCCUUCGCCGACGCCGAGCCCUUCGACAUCUCCCGCCCGGCCCACUCGGUGGACGUCUACAUCAUCGCCGUUUGGUUCAUGUUGCGCGAGAUCGAGGUCGCGGCCGCCCGGACGGCGCAGGGCGGCGAAAGGACGCUCACCCACAGGUCUCUCCAUUGUGCCUGCGGGGCGACGACCCACCCUCUCUGCCCGCUGCAUGCGGCACGCCGCCACUUGCGCCGGAUGGACGCGGCCGGGUUGCUCGCGUCCUCGGCCCCCCUCUUCCCGGGCACGGGGGGGGGGACCAGGUCCAAGGAGGACUCGGUACACUUCCUGAACGCCGUCCUGCGAGCCGCCGGCCUGGCCACGACCUUCCUGGACCAGGCCGGGGCGGAGAAGAACAUCUUCGGCGGUCACGCCUGCCGGGUGGCGGGGGCCACCUUCCUGGCCGUCAAGGGCAUCCCUCUGGCCGUCAUCCAGCUGCUGGGCCGGUGGUCGUCAAGGGCCAUCGAGCGGUGUACGCAGGCGGCAUUGGUGCUCGCGCCGGGGUCCGUGGCGCGCGCGCUGGGGUCCCAGCAGCCCGACCGGCGCUGGGCGCACCGGCGAGAUGCAGCUGAUACCCGCCCGGUCGCAAAAGACCGCCAGGAAGACGGCCCACCUGGGGCACAGGGGGCUGCCCAGGGAGAGGGGUCCGAGCGCCCGGCCUUCGAGUGUGUGCCGGAUCUGGCCCCGGCCAGGGCGGUGCCGGCGGGGGACGCCGGGCCCGACCAUUAG